UAGACAAUAGUAUAUAGUAGAAAAAGAAAAUCUCUCUCUGGUCUCCCUCCUUCCAUGUAAACUUGAUUGGUGGGUAUGGCACUUAAUUAAAUAUGUUACAGUAGCUAACAUCAAACCCAGGUUUGUGACAACAGAAAUCUCCAAAUCUUGGACGGAAAAUCAAGAAAUGGAGCAUCAACGCUUAAGGCAGCUCAUAGUACUCUGGUCCAAAAUACAAACUGCCCGUUUGAUCCUUGUAGGUGGAAAUCACACUGUCGCUAGAUUCUGUACACGCUAAUUCCUCUUCUUGCAUUUUCUUUCUUUCACCCUGCAAAAAAACAUAUAACUCUUUCUUUUAAUACAUAUUAGAAACAAGGAAGUGAUUCUAUUUGCAUAAACAUGGCAAUUCAACUUCAAAGGGAGUUCCAAUCUUCAAUUAAAAUGAAUGCCUUGCCUUCGCAUUGCUCUAAUGGCCUUGGUUUACAUGGCGAUGCAUGCUUGAACAUCAAGCUUUUGAAGUCUUUCUCUCGAUCAAUUAAUGUUGUUUUGGUUUUGAUUCUUGUUUCAUCUCCAAUGUUUGGAAACAAUUUUGGUGCUCAUUCUCCGUUUUUCUCUCCAACAAGAGUUAUUGAGCCUAAUUCACUACGUCUGGAUUUCUCUCCUUUACUCUACCGUGAUUUAUCAAAUGAAGGCCUUAUUAAAACGGGUGAUAAAGCUGUAUUUAUAAGCAGUGAUAACGAUGAAGAAGAUGAAACCAUUUAUAGUUUUCAGAUUCUAAAUGACAAUUAUGAUAUAGAUUUUAUCUCUAUUUCUGAAUUAGCUCAGAAAACCACAAUUUCUGAUGAAUCUUUGGACUUUGCUAUUACCUAUAGCUUCAAUGCUGUCCAAGAAUCUCAAGAACUCAUUGAUCGAGCCCUCAAAAUAGGCGGUAUAGCAGUUAUUCGACUAAGCGAUCGUGAUCUCUCAUUUGUAUAUAAACCACAUAAUUACCGAACAGUUUAUUUCAGGAGGUUUAGGUCAACCAUCGUUAUAGCCAUGAGGAAAACAGCAAUGCCUAGUCAUAAUAAUGUUAUAGAUUUCAGCUCACAAAGAAAACUCUUUGCAUAUACAAGCGAAGCAAGAAAGGCAGCACUUAAUAACCUAGAAGACGUACUCUUAGAACCGCCGCGAGCAGCUUCAGGUAAGUCGAGAAGAUACUUAAAGAAAACAAGGUUUUUACCAGACUUAAUGGGUGAUUCGCUAGAGGGAUAUCCACGGCGUGUAUAUAUCGAUGUAGGGUUGCCGGAGAAGGAAGGAGGAAGUGGCACUGGAUGGUUUAUAAAGAAUUAUCCGACAAGAAAUCUUGAUUUUGAGAUGUAUAAAAUUGAGACUUUCACGGAGUCUUGGUCAGGGAAGGAGGUGCCUCAAGUGGUAGAUAUAGGGAUUUCUGGCUGGUUAAGGAAGAAUGUGAAGGAAGAAGAAUAUGUGGUUAUGAAGGCAGAGGCGGAAGUGGUAGAAGAAAUGAUGGAGAGUAAAGCAAUAAGGUUAGUUGAUGAAUUAUUUAUGGAAUGUAAGCUAAGAGGACAUGGAGCUAAAGGGAAUAAUAAUGCAGGUAGAAGGGCUUACUGGGAAUGUCUGGCUUUGUAUGGAAGGUUAAGAGACGAAGGUAUUGCAGUGCAUCAAUGGUGGGGUUGAGACAGCCAAAAUCUCUCUUCUUUUUUAAACUUUCAUAUGCAAUAAUUUGAAUUUAUUUAUUAUUAAUUCUUUUCUUUUUGUGUAAAGGAUUUUAUUGUUUGUAAAAUUAUAAAUAUUUUAUAGACUAGCUGAAAUGGAAUUAUUCUCCAAUUUGUUGCACAAAAUCUUUAAUUCUAUAAAUA